ACGCCGGCAAAGGAAAUCGCAAACCACGUCGAACGGUUCGUCAAGGAAUGUUUCGUCGAAAGUCGAAACACCAGCCGAACUCUGCGCAGAUAGAGCCUGAGAUUUUUCAUUGUACUGUAUCUUUUUUUAAAUUUAAUUCAUUUUCUUAAUACUGUUCUCGUACUUGUCUGCAUUGAAUCACAAUCACACCGCACUUUUAUUGUCUGUGUGCGAAAGCUAGCUGAAUUUGGUUACCUGCUUAACAAAGAAGGACCGGACCGUCUUAACGUUUCUUGAUUACGUGCAUCUAUGUUCUGUUAUCGUUCAAAAGCGGAAUUUACUGACUGUAAAGUUAGCGACCACAGACCACAGGAAACCGGAGGCGAAGCUGUAAGUAUUUGUUUUUUAAAAGUACGGAUAAUGUCGGCAGAAGACGCCCCACCUUUCCCGCUCGAACUAACCAAUUAUGCAACGCAAGAACGCCAAUGGCCAACCACCGGCAACCACAUACUAGCUCAGUACGAUGACACUUCCAUCGUUGUCUACCAAGCCUUCAAACCGUCCAUCGCCAAACAAAUCGUCCACCACCAGUGUUACCAUCAUUCGCAGUGCAUCGCAGCCGGUGUCAGUAUGCAGCGUAUGACAUGGAUUAAGCCCAACUUCCUGUGGAUGAUGUUCCGCUCCGGAUGGGCUAGUAAGCCCAACCAGGAACGAAUCCUGGCCAUCCGUUUAAGCCGCCAAGGGUUCGAAGAAAUACUUAGCGCAGCGGUCAUGUCCCGUGACCUCGAAGGAAAGGGGCAAGGCAAAGAUGACCUGGUGCGCUUACAAUGGGAUCCCGAUCAUUAUCCGGAUGGAACAAAGGUGGGGUGUUAUUCCGAUGGGCGACGAGCGAUCCAGUUAGGGAUCCGCGGGGAAAUGUUUGCCAGGAUGUCGGAGAAGUUUAUCGUCAGGGUGGACGAUGUGACAGAGUUUGUGGUGGCGAUGCGAGAGCGCGUUGGAAAGGAGGAUCUCUUAGUUCCUGUGGAAACGGUAUAUUGUGUUGAAAGUGAAGAACUGGCGAAGAAGAUCUGCAUUACAUCGUGAUCCGUCAUUGUUGUCUCAGUCUGUUCGUUCCCGUGUUUUUAUCAAGUGCAUAUUGAAAAAUAGUUUGUCAUUACAUGCGCUGAUACUGGAGCUGUCGGGACCCCUUCUUUUGAAAUAAAAUUUUAUUUUUCGA